UAUCACCAGGAACUCUGGCAUCGCAGCAGCAUGGCCUCCAGCGGCUCGGCUUACCCGGAGGCUGUUGGUUGCAGCUGUUGGUUGCAGCUGUUGCAAAGUUCACGGCAAUUCACGAGGAGAAUUUGUGGGAGACAGGCCGAAGCUGCUGUGCCAAUAGACCCUGAGGUGCCAAUGUUUGGGGUGUCGAGAUAUCACCAGGAACUCUGGCAUGGCAGCAUGGCCUCCAGCGGUUCGGCUUACCCGGAGGCUGCUGGUUGCAGCUGUUGGUUGCAGCUGUUGCAAAGUUCACGGCAAUUCACGAGGAGAAUCAUCCUCGUAUGGUGCGAGCACAUCCAUCAGGCGGCCGAGGAGGGCAACGUGGGUGCCGUGAGGCACUUCCUCCGCGUCGACCCCGAGAGCCUGGAGAGGAAGGAUUACAUGGGCCGGACGGCGCUGCAUUGGGCGGCUGAGGAAGGCCAUGCCGCCGUGGUGGAGCAGCUGAUCUCUGCGGGGGCCACGGUGGAUGCGGCCGGUUGGAAUGGCCGUGGCCGGACGGCGCUGCAUUGGGCGGCUGAGGAAGGCCAUGCCGCCGUGGUGGAGCAGCUGAUUUCUGCGGGGGCCACGGUGGAUGCGGCCGGUUGGAAUGGCCGUGGCCCCGGAAGGGUUUUCGGGUCGUUUUGGGAGUGGCUGUGGCGAGGUGACGGAAGGGUCGUACAUUGGCAGGGGAUUUUCGUUCUUUGCUUUGGGAUGUUGAGUGGUAUUCGUUCGUGUUGUGUAAGGAUCCACUUUUGUGAGUGGAUGGGCCUGUUGCAAUUCGGGUAUAAAAGACUAGACAUGGGGGAGAUGAGUGGAAGGCACGUGGUCACAAAUGUUCAUUGGAUUUGGAACUUUUGA